UAGUAAUUAAUAGCUUAGUUUUGUAUGUGGCUCUUUAAUCAACAGAGUUUGCCGGCCUUGGCGACAGAGUUCUGCAAGUGCUCGAUUUUGGACAAGCCGACUUCUGCUUAGGAUUCAAGCGCGAAAGGAGAAGAAAAAAUCGGUGCUGGUGCUGCUCGCUUCUGCUGUUUCCCGGCACGAGUCCAGGAAACCGUCGGAAAAAGAUUAAGGCGUGAAAAAAUUCCGGUGUGAGAAUAUUGAAUACCUAGCCUACCGACCAAUUAAUAAUAUUUCAUCUAUCGCGUUUUAAUAAUUUUAUCCUGCAGUAAACCCAUUGCCCUUGUUUAUGUUUUGCAUGAAAUUUAGUGGUGCUCUGCAAAACCUCCAACAGCUCUACCAGACUCAGCUAAUACCUCUGCAAAGUCUCUCCGCCGUUUCGCACCUUUCAAAAUGUAUCGCGUUGUGAACUCCAUGAUGAGGCAUUCUAACAUUCGCGCGAUUGCAAGCAAUGAUCAUGGUCUUAUGCGCCCACUCUCUGCAGCGGCUCCCUCAUCUCCUUCUCCUUCUGCUUACGCCUCUACCAUUGAUGGCUCCAACGAGGCCGCCUCCUCUUCCUCUUCCUCUUCCGCCUCAUCAUCAUCACCGUCGAAGGCGUCACCAUCAUCAGCGAAUCAACGAGCAUGGAGCUUUUUCAAAUUCUUUCUCAGUGCUGCCUCCACUGCUGCCAUAGCCACUGCUGGCUAUGCUACUUAUGCAUAUUCAACGGAAGAAGUGGAAGAAAAGGCAGCAGCUUUGCGAAAAUCAGCAAACUACAAUAUUCCCAAUGAUGCCUCUACCCUUGAAUGGAUUCAUGGUUUCCUUUACUCAGCAACAAUGUCAGUUCCAUCCAAAGCUGCUGAACUAUACUUGGAUAUAAGGAGGUCAAUUGAAGAGCAAGUAAAGGGCUUUGCGGCACCAUCCUCUGAGAAACUUCUUCCAGACUUACUUCCACAAGAACAACAUGUUUUCACCCUUGUUCUUGAUCUUAAUGAAACUCUAGUAUACUCAGACUGGAAGCGAGAAAGAGGUUGGAGAACAUUUAAAAGGCCUGGAGUGGAUGCAUUUUUAGAGCAUCUUGCUCAUUUCUAUGAAAUUGUGGUUUUUUCUGACCAAUUAAACAUGUAUGUUGAUCCAAUCAUGGAAAGGCUUGAUCAGAAAGGCUGUGUUAGAUACAGAUUAUCAAGGGAUGCUACCCAGUACGUUAAUGGCAAACAUUACAGGGAUUUGUCAAAGUUGAAUAGAGACCCUGCAAAAGUUAUUUACUUGAGUGGACAUGCUGGAGAAUCCUGUCUGCAAGCAGAAAAUGCUAUUCAAAUCACGCCAUGGAAGCUGGAACCAGAUGAUACAUCUCUCUUAGAUCUACUACCUUUUCUUGAAUAUGUAGCCUGCCAUCGACCAGCUGAUAUAAGACCUGUGAUAUCAUCAUAUCAAGGGCGAGAUAUUGCAACUGAAUUUCGUGAACGCACCAAGGAGCACCAAAGAUCAUUCCAGCCUCUGAAUCGCUGACAUACGGACCAACAAAAAUGCCCAUGGGACAUAAGUACACAAUCUGCAUCUAUCACUUGUGAAGUUGAAAGUUUUCUCAACAAUGCUGAGAAAGCAUAGUUGAAGAAAUGAUCAAGGUUGUUGAUGCUAUAUCCUCAGACAGUGAGACAAAAUCUAAUGCCACCAGAGGAAUAGAAGGCUCACCUGCUCAAAGAAAAGGCUACAUAUCUCAAUAAUCCUGUAAAAAGAAUGGUGCGACAUUUUGUUCAUUUACAACAUGAAUUUAUGGUGUGGUUUCAGAAGCCUUUCUUUUGAGCUUGGUAGU